UCUCUCAUCUCUCUCUCUCUCUCUCUCUCAAAUAAAAUCGGAGGUUAAAAAGAUCGGUGCUUGAAUCAUCAUCAUCGGGUGGUUCUGAAAUCCACUCUCGUCGUCGUCGUCUUCGUCAUCUGAUCUCUUAUUUCGUUCCGCUUGAGGAUGGCCUCUGAGACUACAGGAGAAAUCAGCAUCGUAUGCAACCACUGUGACAGAGACAUUCCAGCUCCAAAUAUUGAUCUGCAUCGUGUACACUGCGCCCGGAAUCUUGAAAAAUGUAAGAUUUGUGGUGAUAUGGUUCCUAAAAAGCAUGCUCAGGAGCACUUCUCCAACACACAUGCUCCGGUACCUUGCUCGAUGUGCAAAGAAACCAUAGACCGUGAGGUUUUUAAUAGUCAUACCGAAGAAAUCUGCCCCAAGAGGAUGGUAACUUGUGAGUUCUGCGAGUUUCCAUUGCCUGCAGUUGAUCUUCCUGAGCAUCAGGAAGUAUGUGGCAACCGCACGGAACUCUGUUAUCAAUGCAACAGCUAUGUUAGAUUGCGUGAAACAUAUAACCAUGAAACCAAAUGCCCUGGUUCUGUGCUCAACAAUGUUGAAUCUUCCAGAAGGGUUCCGAGAGCAGCAGAAGGAGAUGGAAACGGGAGGAGGAGAAGAGGUGGCAACGGUGUAUCUAACAAAAGGCUUUUCUUCACUAUAGCUAUAACGGGUAUAGCUGUGUUAUUAGGAUCGCUGUUCUUCCAGAGGAAGCCUGAGGGUGGGAGCUAAGCACAGAGACAUAUAUAGCUCGUGUGUAGUUCUGUAAAGUUGCUCAAACUCCCUUCGAGACAGAUUCGAAGGAAGGAGUUUUAUACAUUUUAAAAUACUUACUGAGACAGAGAUGUUCUUUCUUCGCUAAGGAUUUGUUUAAAGCUGAUCACCAUGAGACUUUCUUUUACAUUUGGUUUUCAAUAAAAGAGUUUUCAGGAACAAA